CCGCAUGAUUUUUUGAUGUUCCAAAUUGUGGGUAGUUUGAAGUUUUUGUAGUUCUUACGAUACAUUAUCAUUCAAUAUGAUGUAAUAUUAUUGUUAUGAUGUAAUGCUACUCAAUAAUACUGUUAAAAAAAAGGAAAUACAUACGUGCAAACAAUCAGUAUUUGCCGGUUGGCUGAUUGUGUACUGUAAAUCAUCACCUGCUAUAGAUUAUGAUGGCCUGCUGGCGGUUAACCAAGGACCACAAUUAAUUAUAUGCUAUUUUCGUUUGGCAUUAGCAGUUGCAAACACUGGACUGGUUAUUUUACUUAAAUCUUGACUUCACUCUCAUUUUUUUACAAAAUCCUUUGGGGGACUUUUUUCAGAGAAGAAAAGUUAUUUAGUUACUUAGAAGUGGUAACAUAAUUAACUAUACUAAAAUAAGGGAAUAACUCAAACUGCUCGAUACAUCAAAUCUGGGUGUAAUCGUUAACCCAUGUUUCCGGUGCAACUUUGUUCAAUCAUAAAUUAGGUACUGAAAAAUUAUGCUAAAGAGGAUGAUCAAAUUCUCUGAAGAACAUGAAUGUGUAAUUAUUUAUAAAUUAUUUGCUUAAUUCUUCAGAGCAAUAUCUCUCUGUCGUGCAUCUAGCUAAUUAUUCGUUAUUCUUCAAUUCUCUAUUGCCAGUGGAAACCCCGAGCGGAGUCACAUACCUGACGAUGGUCAUGAACCAAUGAAACUAAUGGGACAACUUAGAGAUAUAGUUCUGGAGAACAACCUACUACUAAAAGAAAUGAAGGACAAAUUGCAAGUUCCACUAUCUUCUACUCUCAAAACUGGCACUCCUCUGCUUCCUUGCUAUCCAGCUAACACUUUCGAAGAAUUGGAUGAUUUAAUCAAACGGGAAGAGAUGCUAAUAGGACUUCAGUCUGUCGGAGAGUGCACCUUGUCGAGAACCGUCAUAGUCAUGAUGAAGAUGCUCAUGACGCGACCAUUAGCCAUGAAGUUUUCGAUGACAGGCUUAGGGGACAAGAGAUUACCUACCAAGGUUAAAUUCGACAAUUCGCCUGCCUGCUUGUUAAUUGAGCGUGCGUUAUCACUGAACCCAGGGUUUUCACAUGAGCCGCGGAGUGCUGUGAAAGCAGCGAUUCGAAGGGCUUUAAAAGGAGCGACCGAUUGGGACGGACAUCGGGGCAGAAGACAAUUCUAUGAUUGCAUGAGUAAUGUCGCUGCCUCAAACUCAGGCGAAGAAGUACAAAACGCCAUUUCCGGGAACCAGGAUUCGAGCCUCAACGUGACCCACUCCACGGAAAUAGUCCUCGAUCCUGGGCCAAGUCUGCAAAAAGAUUUUCCAAGCAUAUAGAACUUUAUGAAAUGCAAAUUAGCUCAGUAAAAAGAGAGAAUUCACUUUUACUUUGCUAUAACGUAAUGUGGUUUUUUUGUGGAGAUCGAUUUUAGCUACCGAAGCAGCAUCAAAUUCAUAUCUAAAAGUUCAGAAUCACGUUCUACCGUAAAUACUUUUGGUACUUUAGUCCAUAUUUUCCGUUGUUGACUUAGUCGGUGUACGUUUCACCUAUCAUCCGACUAAUCAUUUAUCACUCGGAAUCCGUUAAAUUGAUAACCUAGAACAGAAAGAGGCGAUAUCCUUCAUUGCUGUUCCGCUGGGGAGUUAUAGGAGGUAGAGGAAUUUGAAAAUAAAUACGGUACGCUAAA